AUGGCCUCGCCGCCGCACAAGAUGUCCAAGCUUGCUCACGACGCCGCCAGAGAUGCACAGACUACGGUCCAACAGUCCAAACAGGCCGCCGAGUCCAGCUCCUCGCUGCCUCCACCGCCUUCGACGAGCAAGCGACUCGGGCUGACCAGCGGCGUAGACAAAGCCAAGGUCAAAAAGAUCACGCUCAAACCUAAGCCUCGAUCUUCCGCCGCACCCGACCGCACCGCCCUCACGAAUCAAGCUGUUCUCACCCUCACACGCGCCGUUCGAGCCAUCCAGUCACGCCCACCACAACCUACACCCGAGUCGCUGCAGACGCUGUACGGACUGUGCGAGGCGGCCGUCGCUGCAGGGCCGCAAACCUGCCAGCUUCUCUAUGACCGCAUCCGCAUGGAGAUUGAGCGGGAGACGGGCGAGUUGCGCAAGAUUUUGGCGGGCAGUGCGGACGGGAUGAUGCAUGAGGGGCAGGAGGAGAAGUGGAUGAACGAGUUCGAGCGGGAGGGGAAGCGGUUCUUGGACCAGGUGCUCCUCAUUCGGAGCAUCUUUCUCCAACUUGACCGCACCUACGUCCUCAACUCGGCUGGUCUUCUGUCCAUCUGGGACCUCGGGCUCGACCUCUUCCAGCAUUCGGUUCUCGCGGACGAAGGGAUCGCACAACGCGUCACCUCAUGUCUGCUACAUCUCGUUGAACAGGAGAGGAACGGCAAUAUCGUCUCCCGUUCUCUCCUUCGCUCUUUCCUCCUUCUCCUCCGCACCUUCUCGCAACAAAGCUACACUACUCUCUUCUCCACGCCCUUCCUGGCUUCCACACGCGCCUUCUACAACGCCCAAGGCCUGUCGCUUUCUACGAGUGUGGACCCGUCGACUUACCUCAAGCGUGUGGUCGAGCGAUUACACGAGGAGGGCGAGCGGUGCGACGCUGUACUCGGUUCGGAGUCGAAGGGCAGCGUGCUGCGUAUAGUCGAGGAGGAGAUGAUCAAGGGUCAUGUCGAGAGUAUCGCCGAGAAGGAAACGAGCGAGAUGUGCGCGAAAGAUGCGCGGGAAGACUUGACCGCGCUGUACGCCCUCCUUGGCCGGAUCAGCAAGAUCCCCGAGCUUCGCAAAUCGUUCCUCGAGUACCUCAAGUCCGCCGGUCUCGCCGUCGUCAUGGACGCCUCGCAAGACGUCAACAUGGUUGACAACCUGAUCGCCUUCCGCAAGCGCGCGAACGACCUCGUCACAGCCUGCUUCUCCGACGACGCGAGCUUCAAGUCGGCGAUCAACUCGGCGUUCGAGUUCUUCAUUAACAAGCGCGAGAACAAGCCGGCCGAGAUGAUGGCCAAGUAUCUCGACGCCAAGCUGCGAAGCGGUGGGAACCGCGGCAUGGACGAGAACGAGCUCGAGAAGACGCUCAACGACGUUCUCUACCUCUUCCGUUUCACGCAAGGCAAGGACAUCUUCGAGGCGUUCUACAAGCGCGACCUUGCCAAGCGAUUGCUGCUCAACAAGUCUGCCUCGUUUGACGCCGAGCGCAGCAUGCUUCUCAAGCUCAAGGACGAAUGCGGCGCCGGCUUCACGCAGAAGCUCGAGGUCAUGUUCAAGGACAUGGAGCUGUCGGCCGACGUCAUGCAAGCCUACCAAGCCACGGCCGCCGGCUCGCGCUCACCCAGCAAAUCGAGCGAGUCGUUCGACCUCUCCGUUGCCGUCCUCUCGCAAGGCAACUGGCCGACCUACCCUCCCUUCCCUAUCGCGCUUCCUCCAUCUCUCACCUCCGCCCUCGAUCGCUUCAAAGCGUUCUACAUCUCGAAACACUCGGGUCGGACAAUCACCUGGGCUCACGGGCUCGAUACGUGUGCAUUGAGGGCGACGUUCCCGAGCAAGGGCAAGGGCGGGGGAAGGAAGGAGUUGAUGGUUAGUUUGGCGCAGGCGGUCGUGUUGUUGUUGUUCAAUGACGUCGAGGAUGCGAAGUUGAGCGUGGAGGAGAUUGGCGAGGCGACGAAGUUGGACAAGAAGGAACUCAACCGCACGCUCCAAUCCCUCGCAUGCGGUAAAGUCCGCGUGCUCGUCAAGCACCCGAAAGGCCGCGACGUCAACCCAGGCGACCAGUUCUCGUUCAACUCGGACUUCAAGGACGACCAUGUGCGGAUCAAGAUCAACCAGAUCCAGCAGAAGGAGACGGCUGAGGAGAACAAGUCGACGACCGAACGCGUCUUUACGGACCGGUCUUCGCACUUGCAGCUCGCUAUCGUCCGGAUCAUGAAGGCUCGCAAGACGCUCAAGCAUCAGGAGCUCGUGAUGGAGGUCAUCAAGCAGAUCGGACAGCGGUUCAAGGUCGAGCCCGCCGAGAUCAAGAAGUCGAUCUCGAGCCUGAUUGACCGCGAGUACAUGCGGCGGUCGGACGAGGACCAGCGGGUGUACGAGUACCUCGCCUGA